AUGUUAACCUACGGGUGUGAGGUCUGGAGCUACUCAGCCCAAAAGAUACACAUCAGACGCAAGCUGCUUUCAGCCCAAAGGCAAGCUCUAAUUGCAAUCACUAAGCCUUAUAGAACUGCCCCUACAAACGCCCUCCAAGUGAUCGCUGGCCUAUCUCCGAUCCAGCUUCAAAUUCUUCAACGGUACGUCAAAAACCUCAUAAUCAAAUAUCAUGCAAAAGAGGUCUCAACAACGCAGCUCUAUAAUAUAAUCAACGGGCUAAACCUGCCAAACGACAUCCAGAAUCUCAUCAGGGACGUGGACGACUAUGGUAUUGAUGUAAACAACAGUAACGAACUUACCCACCCAUCGGAAACCACAACCAUGAUCAUUCACGUCAUUCAGGACGGUCCCCCCAAGGGGAAGAACUUCUACACAGACGGUUCCAAAACUGCCAACUCUGUUGGAACCGCUGUCUACUUCACGGAUACCUUCACCCCCAGCCACUGGCAAGCCGUCGCAAGGCUAAGGGACAACUGCUCAAUUAACAAAGCAGAAUCCCUGGCCAUCCUCUGUGCUCUACAACAUAUAAACAAUCAUCUCCAAAGGUUUCAACACGGCAAAGUAAACAUCAUCAGCGACAGCAGGAUUGCCUUGUGGCAGGUUAAAAACAAAAACCAUAAGCUCCCAAUUGUCAACGACAGCCUCAAGACUCUAAAACAUUUAAGGGAUAACAAUACACAAAUCUACUUCCACUGGGUCAAGGGCCACUCUGACACUAACGAAAAUGACCGGGCUGAUGACCUGGCCAAAAAAGCUGCAAACAUUACUUCAAAAAUCCACUAUCAGGCCCUACCACUCACGACUGUUCUCAGCUCUCUCCGUUCCAUUAUAAUUAACAAAUGGCAAAAUGAGUGA